AAACAAUGGCUUCACAACCGCUGCCAAAGGUUGAACUCCGAGAGCUUGGCAACACAGGCCUCAAGCUCAGCUGUGUCGGCUUCGGGGCCUCCCCUCUCGGCAACGUCUUCGGUCCCGUCUCCGAUGACGAAGCCAUCGGCUCUGUUCGCGAAGCCUUCCGCCGAGGCAUCAACUUCUUUGACACCUCUCCGUAUUAUGGAGGGACUUUGUCAGAAAAGGUGCUUGGUAAAACGCUAAAAGCUCUAGGUGUGCCGAGAAGCGAGUACGUUGUGGCAACCAAGUGUGGACGCUAUGCUGACGGUUUUGAUUUCAGUGCUGAUAGAGUGACUAAGAGCAUUGAUGAGAGCUUGGAGAGAUUGCAGCUAGAUUACGUCGAUAUACUGCAAUGCCAUGACAUUGAAUUUGGGUCUCUGGACCAGAUUGUAAACGAGACAAUCCCUGCCUUAAAGAAACUGAAAGAAGCUGGGAAGAUUCGUUUCAUUGGUAUCACAGGACUUCCAUUGGGAAUUUUCACAUAUGUUCUUGAUCGUAUACCAGCUGGCAUGGUGGACGUGGUCCUGUCAUGCCACUACGGUAUUAAUGAUUCAACAUUGGAGGAUCUAAUACCAUACCUCAAGAGCAAAGGUGUUGGAAUCAUUAGUGCUUCUCCACUUGCAAUGGGUCUGCUUACUGAGAAUGGUCCUCCAGAAUGGCACCCUGCAUCUGCUGAACUGAAGUCUGCUUGCCGAGCUGCUGCUGUCUAUUGUAAAGAGAGAGGGAAUAAUAUUUCAAAGUUAGCUCUGCAAUACAGCUUGUCCAAUAAGGAUAUCUCAUCAGUGCUGGUCGGCAUGAACUCUAUUAAUCAGGUUGAGGAAAAUGUCGCUGCUGCUGUGGAGCUCGCGACCAUUGGCAAGAAUGAGAAAACUCUAGCAGAGGUUGAAGCUAUUCUGAAACCAGUGAAGAAUCAGACAUGGCCUAGCGGAAUCCAGCAGAGCUGACAACUUUGCUCUUGUAUGUAACCAUCUGUAUCCUGUACUUAUUUUAAUUGCUUUUCAGUCGCCUGUUUAGGUUUGUCAAAAAUAAAUAAAGGAUUGUGAAUUUUUCAUUUGGGUGAGAUGUAAAGGCUAAG